AUGAACUCACUGGUUUCUUGGCAGCUGAUGCUUUUCCUUUGUGCCGUCUCCUUCAGGGAGACCUUAGAAAAGGCGGCGCCCAUGGAGAAUCCUAGAGCCACAGGCCCGCGGCUCAUACCCCCGGCGCUCCUGGCCUCCGGGGCGCAGAGCCCGCGGUGCGCGGAGAGGAAGCCCGCCGCUGCCGGGCCGAGCCCUCGGGGGGCCUCGCUGUGCCCUCCUCCCGAGAGCUCCGCUGGGCCCCAGCUGCCGGGCCUGUGCGCCCCCCGCAGUCGCCUGAUCCCCGCCCCGCGCGGCGGCGUGCUGGUGCAGCGGGAGAAGGACCUGUCCGCCUACAACUGGAACUCCUUCGGCCUACGUUACGGAAAGCGGCAGGCGGCGCCGCCCGGCAGCCGCGGCCGAGGCGCCGGGCAGGGCUGAG